AUGGCUAAGCUGAAAAAUGUGAAAUCCGUGGCUAUUGACUGCAGUGAGCUGAGUCUGAACGCUGAUAUAGAGUCUUGUGACAAUUUCGUUGUGAACGCUGAUGCAGUCAACCUAUCGGGUACAUGCUGUGGUACGAACUCGUCCGAAAAGCUCUCUGUUUGCUGUAGUUCGUUACAAUCGACGAUAAAGAUCUCCAAUAUUACUAACGUAAACUACAACUGCAGACGUGCUGCUAUGAUUAGGGGUUCAAUGGAGCAAGUGGACGAUGUUGAAAUCGACGCAAAAUGGAUCAAUUGUCAUGCUUCAAUGCAAAAGUGCAUCAACGUCAGGCUAACAGCUAUGUCCAUCCAUUGCUGCGGUCAUCUUUCGCUAACGAGGCUGAGAAUGACAUCACUUGGAGUCGCACUCAUUAAUGGUAAAAUCAACGCUGCUGAGGUUAAUGUAACGGCUCCGUUCAUAAUAGCUAUACAGCCGUCAUCGUCCCUGACAGCGGAGACAUUGGAGAUGAACUCUCUCUGUCUUUGCACUAACAGUGACCUGAAGCUAAGUGGAACGAAUUAUUUAUGGCUUAUCUUUGAAGAAAUGAUUUCUAGACCAAAACUAAACCCCACGCAGUCGAGCAAUUGGAAGGAGACAGCAGCCAUGAUGAAAGAUCGCUUCAGUAGUCCGACUAUCGACGUUGAUGAAGUGAUCGUUGGAUUGAAAUAUCUCAGUGAUCUGACCAUUACUAAGAUCUCAGUCGAUACGGACAAUAUGGUCUACGAGGAGCUGUGCAAGAUGUCCCAGCGUUUCGACAGUGCCCCUAUCAGUCUCUUCAACACUGCGGAUCUUGUAGCACUGAUUCAUGGCGGACGGUCGAUGUUUUCUGUGUCAACAGCUAUGGAGAAGAGUGAUGAGAACCGAAAGCGAAAAAAGAAAAGUCACACAAGCUCUCUCUACGAAGGUCUUGUUCAAUUCAAAUCAGCCAAGUUUGGCAAAGAACCUCGUGGCUCAUCCGAUACUGAUGUUGGCUACGUCAGUAGGAGCUCCAGCGAAGAGUUGGAUCGAUCAAGAUCACCGAGGUCGCCGGAAAUGCCGACGUGCAGUCUCUUCAGCGAAAAUCAUUUCCACGUUAUCGAAGAGAAGCUGGAGAAAUCUUUCGUAAAUGACGUUACUGUUGAGGAGUUGAAUGCGUCCUUGAUUGAGCAAGAGGAAUUGGCCGAGUUUGAACUGCUCGAGCAGGAGAUCGAAGAAGGAGAAGAAGGAUUAGUUCGAACAGAUUAUAUUGUGUGUCGAGAUGAGCGAAUACAACUAGCGCGGCUUCGACAACGAACCUUCACUUCACAACCACCUCGACCAAAACCGCAUUUCCCGAUUGUGCGAGUGCCAUCUUCCAAUGAUUUGGUUAUGAAGCGAUUGCAGGUGAAAGCAACGUUGUCAAAUUUCGACCUAAGUUCUAUCGGGAGCGAAACUUCACUGACCUCUCUCGACUUCUCGUGUGCAGGUGAUUUUGGAUCGCCGAUGCAGUUUGCUGCCAGCCCAUUCCACAGGAGCAAAGGUCUUGAAAGGAUUCCUGAGGUAACAUGGUGA